UAACCACCACAAUUUUUUGCGGACCAACAAUUUACCCAAAAAGAUUUUCUGGGUCUAAAUUUCGUGGGUUACGCACCUAGGAAUGGUAAUACUGUGUAGUUGGAUACUUGGAUUAUGAUGCGAUUGAAGUGUCCUCUCAAAGCCUUUACCAAUAAACCUUGUUUCUUCCCCUCCUAACCAGUGAUAAAAAUGUUGAUGAGUACAACCAUCUUCAGUUCCAUUCAUCUCAAAACCUCUUCUUUCUUCCCAACCCCGCUUCCCACCAAACACCAAAAUCUCACUUUCUCCUUCAAACCCAAUUCCCCAAUUGCCCCCAUCAAAUGGCACCACAUAAGUUCCUGUGCAGCUGGUCAAGAAAUCGACAUGGAACGAACCAAUGAAGGACUAUACACUGCAAAACCCAAAAAAGUCGUAAUCUUGUGGGACUUAGACAACAAACCGCCACGAGGCCCGCCUUACGAAGCAGCCAUGUCAUUGAAAAAAGUAGCACAAUGCUUUGGUGAAGUCGUAGAUAUGUCUGCAUAUGCCAAUCGCCAUGCUUUCAUCCAUCUUCCUCAGUGGGUUGUUGAACAAAGGCGCGAAAGGCGCCAUCUUGAUGUUCUCGAACGUAAAGGUGCUGUAACCUCUUCUGAACCUUACAUUUGUUCUGUUUGUGGCCGAAAAUGUAAGACUAACUUGGAUUUAAAGAAGCAUUUUAAGCAGUUACAUGAGAGAGAAAGGCAAAAAAAGCUCUCUCGUAUGAGGUCACUUAAAGGGAAAAAAAGGCAGAAGUUUAAAGAGAGGCAUGUUGAUGGUAAUUACAAGUAUAUAGAGGCUGCUAGGAGUUUGAUAACACCAAAAGUGGGGUAUGGUUUAGCAGCUGAGUUGAGGAGAGCUGGGGUUUUUGUAAAGACGGUGGCGGAUAAGCCACAGGCUGCAGAUUGGGCAUUGAAAAAGCAAAUGCAGCAUUCAAUGACUAGAGGGAUUGAUUGGUUGUUUUUGGUUUCUGAUGAUUCAGAUUUUUGUGAUAUGUUGAGGAGAGCAAAGGAAGCUAAUUUGGGAACUGUAGUAGUUGGGGAUAUGGACAGGGCAUUGGGGAGGCAUGCUGAUUUAUGGAUUCCUUGGAAUGGGGUAGAGAAUGGGGAGAUAAAGGAGAAGGAUUUAGUGUUAAAGCUUGAGAGGAGGAGGGAGUCAUGGGGUAGGAGUAAUGCGCGGUUUUCUGUGAGUGAAUUUAAUGGUGGGAUAAGUGAGGAGGGUACUAGUGUAGGAAGUUUGAUGGAUGAUAUUGUUGAGAAGUUGGAGCUUUCUGGCGCGAGGAUUUCGGCUUUCUCUGAAGGGGAGGAGGAUGAAGAUGUUGAGGAGCUGGAUGAGGAAGACUGGCUUCGAGCAAGAUUGGAUCAACCAGGUGAUGACAAUUAUGAUACAGAGGACUCCUUAUUGGAUAGCGAGGAUGAGGAGGGGGACUACUUAUUGGAUAGUGAUGAUGAAGAUCUAGGCCAGAUGGUAUAAAUUGAUGAUGAAAGCAAUAAGAGAAAAAGCACUUUGGUAUUGCUUUGUCGAAAGAUUUAUAGGAAUUGUUUGAGAUAAGGAGUAUGCUCUGUAAAAAUGAGGGAGAAUGAAAGGUGGCUAGAGCAAUUUGACAUAUUGAUUGGGUAUGUCUCUGGCAGUUGAGCUAUCUUCGAGUAUGUCGAGGUAAUACAGAUGUAACCUGACUUUAUCUUUCAGAAGUAUCCAACACUGUUACUUGGUUAUCAAAGUAUUGCUUUGAAAGUUUACUGUGGCUGUAUUCUCUUUCACAAACUUUCUACAAGGUCACUGUCUGCUUCUCGCUUAUGGGAAUAUUCCCAUUGAUUCGAAUAUAAUACAUGUCAAAUUCCAUUUUUUGGGCUUUUCUCCAAAUUUAUUUUUGGAGCUCUGGAUUAUUUGUGAUAUUGUCAUCCGAUAAAGCUCUGAGUUAUUACUUCUUUAUCUCUCUGUUAUGUGUAUUGCAUAUACAUGACUCAUAUUAGUUGUUCUUGGGGUAACUCUUCUGCACCUGUUUUUACCUGAUCAUUUUUUUGAGGCAGUCAAGUAUCAGCACACGGGGGUUCUUCUACAUAUUAGAUGUGGAAAUUUCUGCUGCAUUCAAUUUUGCUAUGUGGUUUGGUGAAUAAAUAUACCAGAUAAAAGAGUGAAUGUGGAAUUUCUUUUAACUAAUUCAACUCUUUGCUUUUCUAAUCAAACUGCCAAUCACGCCACACCAAUUAUGCCACUUAUGUUUUUGCUUCUGUUUUCAUUUCCUCCGCUAUUGUUACAUGAAACUACUAAUUACACCCCUACCAUUAAGCACAUCUUGAUCACGUGGAAUUUGAAAGGAUAAACAGAUAAUAGAUCAGAUUGGCCAAAAAUAAGCAUUAGACAAAUCAACUAAACAGAUAAGCAAAAUUCUGAAGAGCUUGUGUUCACUUUAUCCCAAUAAUGAUCUAAAGACAUCGACUUUUGGACUGCACAUAGCAGCGGGGACAUUACUGUAAAGCCAUAUUACAGGAGGCUAACCAUCGGUGUCCAGUUCCUUUCAUGGCCUUGGGGAAGAGGUGGAGAUCCUAAAGUCCCCAUUAAUAUAGCUUGUUUUUGUUGGGUGCUAGGAGAUGACGCAUGCCUUACUCAGAUAUAUUUGCAGAAAAGAGAAAUGAUGAUCUUUCAGUAAAUGCUUUAUGUGUAAAAAGGAGGUGGAGGGCAGUAGUCAUCUGUUUCUGCAUUGCUGUUUAGCUAGACAACUUUGGAACUUUUCUUUUAUAAAUUAACAUUAUUGGGAUAAAAUGGAUGAUGCCACUGUCUGUUAAGGAGCUCUCUAGCAGCUGGAUGGGCUGCAAAUGCAAUAAAGAACUGAAAGAUAUGGAGAACAAUUCCAGCAUGUGUCUGUUGGGUCUAUGGAAAGAAAGGAACCAGAGUAAAAUAAGUAUUGAUAAUGUCAAUACAUUUCCUCAACUGAGAGAAAAAUUUGCUCCCAAAGACAACUGCAAUUAGUACUAGUUGACAGAAGUAAUCGAAAACAAAGAAUAGUUAAUAAGAUGUCAUGUUCCAUGGUAUUGGCAAUAAAAUUGAGGAUGACAGGGAACCGUAAAUGGAGAUUUUAUAUGCCAAAGAACCACCGCUUGGAGUACAGAACUGAUUUUCGUACUAUUUAGAAGCGACAGUUAAGGUCCUCUUCGCCGUCCUAAUUCCGGAAAUUACGCCGCUUUCUGCGACACUAAAACCUUCUGCUGAAUUCUCCCACUCUCUGUCCUAUUGGCACGCGCCUCUCUUUGGUUACCCGUUACUGAUGUGCUAAACCCGCUUUUGGCGAUGUGUAGCUCUGCAACACCAGCACUUUGAUGGGCAUGUGUAGCGUACUUCUGGCGUUAACCGUUAACCCUUGAAGCCAGUUCACUUUUGCUGUCCUUGUUUCUGCUAAUUUGAUCUUUAUGAGACAGUUUACCAGGCUGCUUAGCUGUGACCGCCCAAUAAAUUUUGGAACAUGCUCUGUUUUGCUUUGGUCUCUGCUUUUCUGCUAUCCAUGUUAUCGUCUCUCUGCCUGCUUGCUGAUAGGUCAGUGCUCUAGCCUUCGUCUUUCAUCUCCUCCUUUAAAUUUGUGUCUGCCUUGAUGGACUGCAAAGGUUUAGGAAAGGGUUUUGGUUUGAUUUCCAGAAACCAAUAGAUCUAAAAGCUUCUGCUUAUGGAUUUCAUGAAGAGCUUUUGAAAAGCUCUUCUAGACAUUUUACAAUGUUUACUUCUCUAUUUUUCUUAUAGGCUCCUUUAAGGUCCUCGUAGUCUUGAUGAUAAAAAACAAGAAGUUAAAUUAGUGAAAAUACUGGGUAAAGUUUACGUGUUUACAAUGAAUGAAUCUUUUGUUAAAGAGUAAAUCAUCCUUGAUCGUUAUUAGUCAGGACCCUUUUAAGUCUGUCAUGAACAUGAAUUAACAGGAUUAUAAGAUAAAGCACCAUAUGAAUCGCUAAAAGUAAAAAGAAUAACAGGAAAAGAACCUUUUCUAUUCGUUACAUUGCUUUAGGAAGGAAGAUGUACCCCUACCACUAGAAAUAUUUUAAAUUUAUAGCUGUCUAUAUCGCACUAGACAAAGAUCAACUUCCUUCGAACUCACAAAAAAUAAACAAUAUAAAUACAGUCCACAUGUAUACUGAUAUUGCUAUGGCUCUUCUAUAUAGCUGUACAUGAAUUUGGACAAGAUAUCAUUUAUCAGUUCCAUUGGUUCCAAACUGGUGGUAUAUGCAGCCUAAGGACAAGAACAAUCAUACAACUGAUCCAGAUAGGCCUGAGGUGUCAGGCAUUUUCCAUCUGAUCACCGCAUUAAUAUUAUAUGGUUAUUUAAUUCCUAUUUCCCUCUAUGUUUCUAUUGAAGUAGUGAAGGUCCUACAGGCAUUGUUCAUAAACCAGGAUAUUACGUAAUAUGUAUGCUGACAAGACAGGAACUCCUGCUCAAGCACGGACAUCAAACUUAAAUGACGAGUUGGGGCAGGUUGAUACCAUCCUCUCGGAUAAAACUGGUACUUUGACAUGCAACCAAAUGGACUUCCUAAAAUGCUCCAUUCCUGGUAAUGCAUAUGGAACACGAGCCAGUAAUGUUGAACUUGCAGCUGCAAAGCAGAUGGCAGAGGACCUUGGCGGGUAAGAUGAAAUUUCACAGACUCAUUAUAAUUGAAUUAGAGACGGUUGUCACUCCUAAAAAUGAGAUCAGGCCUGCAAUAAAAGGGUUCAGCUUUGAGGAUAACCGACUUAUGAAGGGGAAUUAGAUAAAGUAGCCAAAUGCAGAUGUCAUCUUGCUAUUUUUUUAGGAUACUUUAACUUUGUCAUACUGCGAUUCCUGAGUUAAAUGAGGAGACUGGCAGCUAAAAUUAUGAAGCAGAGUCUCCUGAUGAAGCAACAUUCCAUAUUGCAACUAGGGAAUUUGGCUUUGAGUUCCUUAAAAGAAAACGGGAGAGAUAUCCUUCUUUUGAAGAGCCAAAUUAAAGGUGAUUCAGCCUCAAUUAUUGCCGGUUGUUUCAAGAUUUACAUUACCUUGUAGUAUAAUACCAACUUUCUCUUGAUCUUUUAUCUAUAGGGAAUUCAAAGUUCUCAAUCUACUGGACUUCACCUGCAAGCGGACCAAGAAUGUCUGUUAUUAUUCGGGAUGAGCGGGGCCAGAUUCUUCUCGUGUAAAGGAGCAGACAGGUCUUUUUUUGACAUUUUUUAAAGUUAGUCUAUUUCGUAUCUACUUCGUUAUCCAGUGAAGUAGGUCAUUGAUGAGGCUAUUGUGCUAUAAAAGAUGCUCUUAACAUGCUGUAGGCAUGCAAAAUUUAUUGAAUUUAAAUUCAAUUAAAUUUUGACUAUAUUUUAAUU